AAAUCUUCUGGCUGGCUUGGUUCUCCAACGUCAGUGAUGCCACCAUGGUCUUCAAACGACGGCUUCGUGCAGAUGAGCAAGCGGAUUUCAUUCUGAUGGCCCUCAGAGGCAUGAGAAACGACAACAUCCACAACACCAAGUGCGCCAUCCGCAUGCUCAGAAACAUGCUGAGAAGCCCUGCGGCCGAUUUGGUGAGGGCAUCCAAGGCCGUUCAGCUCACGCAUAAAUAUCUGGAGCACAUUACGGACAUCGAAGCCCGUCGAGAGGUCUUUCGCUACCUUUGCCUGCUGGGCGGUGUUUACCCCGAAGAGGUGGUCAAGACACUCCUCGGCUGUUCCCUUCAAUGCGACAACACUUCGACUGCCAUGUGGCGCUACUUGACAAGCACCUCCGACCUGACCAUGAAGAUCCUGACCGCGUUGCAGUCCGUCCUGCUGGAGCCGCCUCUCAAUCCUACGAGUCAGGCGACGAAGGCCGCCUUGAACCCUCUGGCUGCAACCUCGGCUCUUUAUGAGAUUAUGAGACACCCAACUGUGACCUGCAAGGAGGCGCUGAAAGAAAUCUACCCCACGCUCUCCAUUGCGUUGCUGUGCCAGAUCUCCUACACCAUGCACUUCAUGCCCAAGGAGAUAGAAAUCUACUGGAGGACUUGCAUUCAGCAGAAGACGCCGACUCCUCUUGUCCCGUUCAGGAGUGCCUUGAGAACAUUCAACCUUCUGCUCAGGUGCGCGAGCCAUGGGGAUCAGGUCCUCAUCAUGAAUAAGAGGAGAGGCUCCGAGCUGCUGUUGAAUCCCUCGACUCACCAGAAAGGGCUCUAUCUCUUCGCAAGAGCCAUGAUCAGGAACGAGGAUUGCGCGAGCAUCCUACCCUAUCUCCUGAAGACGCUGGAGAACCCAGAAGACUUCCGGCACAUCACUGUGAUGACAUUCCUAGUGGAGCUCCUUCGCCAUCAAACCUUCAACUACAUCACCGAAUACCAGAUCAUCCGGCAGCUGUGGAAACAACUGAAUGCAACCAAAGUGGAGCUCCGGUCUCUGGCGCUGGAUGGCAUGCUUCAGCUGGCAGCUUAUCCGGAGAAGAUGGCGAAGCUGGAGCCUGCCUUGCCGGACAUCUUGGCCAGGCUGAAGGAAUCGAACCGAGCAGUCAACGUAAAGGCGCUCAAGGUCUUGAGGUACCUCUUGAAGAGCCUAGAGAGUCAGGAAGUCAGCCCCCUCACCUUGGAAGUGGCCAAUCAGGUCAUCCCUCUCUUCGAUGAUGCAUCCUACAAAGUGAGACUGGCAGCCAUCUGCGCUUUCAACUGCCUGUUCGAAAUCAUCAAAAACGAGGAGAAGGACAUGAAGGAGCUCGCCAUGCAAAGCCUGGUGCCGCUCAUGGUGCAUCUGUUUGACGGGAGCCCCCAGGUGGUCCAGGCCUCCCAGGAAGGUCUGAAGAAAGUUGACGCAUUCCUCAAAUCCUUCGUCCAGAUGACGAUUCAUGAAAAGAACGCCUGGGACUAUUGCAUCAGUCUGCUGAAGCGUUACAGAAAGCAAGGAGAACGCAUUCUUGUGGAGCAGGCAUUUGCUUACCUGGAAAACCCCCAGCUUUCUCUCAGAGAAGCGUCAAUCAAGCUGUUAGAAACCAUCGCGAUGGGCUCCAAGAGCAAAGAGACGCUCAGCAACAUCGCGACAGCCCUCAAUCUGGUGAAAAGGGAGCCCGAGCAGAACAGCACGGACUUGAUCCCCCAGAUCAUGGAGGCCCUGGCGCGAGAGUCGUCGUCGGAGACCGUGCCGACGAGCUGCUGGGGCAGACUCAAGAAGUUCUGGAGGAGAUAG